CACGUCCUCAACAUUAUGAACAAGGAUGACACACAAGUCACUGAGCUGCUGGAGAAGAUAGAACAGAUGGGGGCAGGAAACAGUGGAUUUUACUAUGAAAUACCGAGAGAGAGAUUACAGGAGGUGGAAGAGAAGAGGACAGGAGAAGAGAGGAGAGCAGAAGAGAGAAGGAAGGAGGUGCAGAGACAAAGACUGUCUUUCAGCUCAGCAAAGGGAGACACAUUGCUUUCAGAACUCAGAAUUGUGCUGCUGGGAUUUGAAAAUGCUGGUAAGAGUUCAUCAGGAAACACCAUCCUGGGCAGAGAGGAGUUUCAACCUGGACAGAGAUAUGCUGUGUAUGUGAAGAGACAGGGAGAAGUAGCAGGGAGACAAGUCACUGUGGUGGAGGCUCCAGGAUGGUGGGCAUGUCUAUCUCUUGAGAAAAACCUCAAAAUGGUCAAAAGAGAGAUUGUGGUCAGUCAAGGUUUGUGUGAUCAGGGUCCACAUAGUUGUUGUUUUGUCAUACGAGCAGAUGCUAGUUUCACAGAGAAGCACAAGACAUCAGUUCAACAACACUUAUCCAUUCUUGAUGAGAGAGUGUGGAGUCACACCAUGGUUCUGUUCACCUGUGGAGACUGGCUGGGAGACACAACCAUUGAGCAGCACAUUGAGAGUGAGGGAGAGCAUCUCAAAUGGCUGAUUGAGAAAUGUGGGGACAGAUAUCAUGUCCUCAACAAUGCAAACAGCACUGAUGACACACAGGUAACAGAGCUGAUGGACAAAAUUGAAGAAAUGGUCGCAGGGAACAGGGGAUGUUAUUAUGAGAUGGACAGAAAGAGACUGGAGGAAACACAGGAAAGGAGGAUGAAGGAGGAAGAGAGAGCAAAAGAGAGACUGAUGAAGGUGGAGAAGCAAAGGCAACACCUCCUGUCACUGAAGAGCAAAUCCCUUCACCUGUCAGAGUUCAGAGUUGUGCUGCUGGGAUCCAUAUAUGAUGGGAAGAGUUCAUCAGGAAACACCAUCCUGGGCAGAGAGGAGUUUGACCUGAAGAGAAGAACAGCUCAGUGUGUGAAGAGACAGGGAGAAGUAGCAGGCAGACAGGUCACUGUAGUCGAGGCUCCAGGAUGGUGGGCUAAUUUCAACCUCAAAGACACUCCUGAGCUCACUAAACAGGAGAUUGUGCUCAGUUUGUCUCUGUGUCCUCCAGGACCACAUGCUGUCCUACUGGUCAUACCUUUGGCUUCAUCCUUCUCAAAGGACAAUGGAAGGAUAUUUCAAGAACACGUUGAGCUUGUUAGUGAGAGAGUGUGGAGUCACACCAUGGUGCUGUUCACUUAUGGAGACUGGCUGGGAGACACAACCAUUGAGCAGCACAUUGAGAGUGAAGGAGAGCAUCUGAAAUGGCUGAUUGAGAAAUGUGGGAACAGAUAUCAUGUCCUCAACAAUGCAAACAGCACUGAUGACACACAGGUAACAGAGUUGCUGGACAAAAUUGAAGAAAUGGUCGCAGGGAACAGGGGAGGUCAUUAUGAGAUGGACAGGAAGAGACUGGAGGAAACACAGGAAAGGAGGAUGAAAGAGGAAGAGAGAGCAAAAGGGAGACUGAUGAAGGUGGAGAAGCAAAGACAACACCUCCAGUCACUGAAGUGGAAAUCACCUCCCCUGUCAGAAUUCAGAGUUGUGCUGCUGGGACCCAGAUGUCGUGGGAAGAGUUCAUCAGGAAACACCGUCCUGGGCAGAGAGGAGUUUGACUUGAAGAGAAGAACAGCUCAGUGUGUGAAGAGACAGGGAGAAGUAGCAGGCAGACAGGUCACUGUAGUCAAGGCUCCAGGAUGGUGGGGGAAUGUCAAUCUCACAGACACUCCUGAGCUCACUAAACAGGGGAUUUUGCUCAGUGUGUCUCUGUGUCCUCCAGGACCAUAUGCUGUCCUCCUGGUCAUACGUGUGGAUGUAUCCGUCUCAAUGGACGAGGGUAGGAUAUUUCAAGAACACGUUGAGUUUCUCAGUGAGAGUGUGUGGAGUCACACCAUGGUGCUGUUCACCCGUGGAGACUGGCUGGGAGACACAACCAUUGAGCAGCACAUUGAGAGUGAAGGGGCCCUGCAGUCUCUCAUAGAGAAAUGUGGGAACAGAUAUCAUGUCCUCAACAAUGAAAAUAGAAGUGAUGAUACACAGGUUACACAGCUGUUGGAGAAGAUAGAAGAAAUGGUUGCAGGAAACAGGGGCCAUCACUUUCAGAUGGACAGAAAGAGACUGGAGGAAAUACAGAAAAAGAGGAAAGAAGAGGAAGACAGAGUAAAAGAGAGACUGAUGAAGGUGGAGAAGCAAAGACAACACCUCCAGUCACUGAAGAGUAAGUUGCCUCGCAUCUUAACUUUUUUGUAAAUGCAAUUUUUCUAGUAAAAUGUACUAGAAGGAAAUUACAAGAAGCUGUGAACUUAAUGGGAAACAUAAAGCAGUGUGGUAUGAUGUUAAUUCACAUAGCAGGAAAACAUCCUCAAGUCAAUGUGAUAUAAAUGCUGUAACAGCACCAAAACCAAUAUAUUUCACAUGUUUUAACACCUUUAAAUAUCAAUGAUGGAAAUUAAAUUAAUUAAUUUCUUCUGUAUAUCAAAUUUAAAAUCAUGCAAUCAGGGUUCAAAGUGUUACUCCGAUGCAGACCAGCGCAUGAUAGUGAUGAGAAGCUCUAAACUGACCUCUUGACACCGGGUCUAACCUUUAGAAGUGCAGAUGUGUCAAGACACUGCUUUGGGUGUCGUUCAAUUCUACAUGUCAUGUGAUUUUCCUUGACUGAAGCCUACAUUUUUUUCCAAAGUAAGCGAAGCCUGGUGCUUCUGUCAUCACCAGUGCCUCCAUCCUUGUCUGUAGCCUAGACAUUAUUGGAUGCGUUAUCUGUGUUGUCAGUAAACCCCCAAAGCUGUUCAUAUUACUCGUAUUUAAGGGAAAUAGCGCCUAUGUCAAGCACUGAUAUUGCACCCCUUUGCAAACAUCUGACACCCAUCAUUUAGACGUACCAUAAUAUCAGCACAAAAAUGCAGGACCCAAAUAUCUUCAUCAAGCACUGGGAAGAAAAAGACACUCCGAGAUCAUGCUGCCUACAGAAGUGCAUCAUGGGCAGGGGUGUUGCUAGGAGAUGAAAACAUUUGGGGCUUACCCAGUAAGGAACCUGUAGGGGGAUCCGGGGGUAUUCUCCCCUGGGAAUGUUUGGCAAUUAAAUUCUGCAGGUUAAAUGCCCCAUUUGUACACAGUUUGAGACAGAAACAGCCUAAAGACUUCAUGGCAUGCAGAGUCUGUCUGACUCACAUGAACAUCACCCCAUCAAUAAGACCACACUGCCUGUCUAUGAAACACUAGGCCACACUGUCACGGGACACGGACGUUGACUAUUUCCCUUUUGCCCAAAUAGUCAACAACAGGAAAUAACUCCUCCUCCUCCUCACCUGCACCUUGUUGCCUUCAUCCUUUUUGUUUUAGAUAAAUGUUCUUAUAUCCUUAGCCUUCAAGCCUUGCCUUAGUGAAUUAGCUAGCUAGCUACCACCAGAUGCAAACAAUGACAAGCCCUGUAGCCGGUGUGCGCUCUCUCUCGUGUUCACAUGCACGCCUGCCAAGUAGUGUGAAGUAGAUCUGCUGCUUGAAUGACACACAGAUGACCCAAAGCUACUUGUGUUUUUGAUCAACGAUAUCAUACUAUUGCUGACCGACAGAUGAUAAGACCCAGGGCUAUUUCUAUUAUUAUUCUUAUUUUUGUAAAAAAAACAAAACAAUAAAAACAAUAAAACCACAUUUUCUAGAAAUGUAAAACAUUCGGGGCUGUAGCCCAUGAGCCAAGUAAUACCUGGAAUUACAAAACAUGGAGUCUUGCUCUCAAGGUACGACCUCAGUCAUUUUAGUCAUAGAGGUAUUAUAUAGACCUGGACAGAGUGAGGGGGAUUUAUGCUUGCUGUUGCAGUCCGAUCUAGAUGGGUGAUCUUAAUCCUGAUAUUUUUAUGAUAAUGUAGGACGCCAUUAACACUGCUUACCUACAGGGUCGAUGAAAAUAAACUUAAACAAGCAUGGCGUCCUAUGCAGAAUGAGUCCCAAUACUUCUGUUAAGGAACAAACAAACAGCAAAACUUGCUGAACUCUCCCUAUAGCAG